GACGAGGACUUCGAGCUCCCCGUAUACCAGCCUGGCAUUCUUCUUUGCAUGCUUUGCAUCAUCUUGUGGAGCUUGUGCGUGUACAAGGAGUUCCGCCAGAUCUGGCUGCAGCUGGAGGCAGUUGCAAGAAUCCCAAAGUCUCGCAAAACCAUAUUCCGCGACAACUGCUUUGUUUGUAUGUCGUGGUUUCGUUUCUGCUUACUUCUGAUCACGUACAUUGCGCGUGUUGUCAUUGCUUCCUCCCUCCUGGUUGGUGGGAUUCUCUGGUUGGCUCGCACCACCUCCAUCGAGGAGUUGAUGUUGAACGCAGUGGCCCUCAAUGCUGUUCUGGACGUUGAUGAGUUUCUGUUUGCAGGUAUGACGCCUAUCAGGAUCCAACAUGCGAUCCAGAAUCAGAAGCCAAUGAGGGUGAAGUAUGGCCGCCGUCGGAGUCAGUGUGAGUCCAGCAUGCAUUUCGCUGCGUUGCUAGCAUUGGUCCUCACAUGCUACUUUGUCCUGCCGGGGCCCCUGAGCGAGAUCAUGCUGGCUGUCAAAACUGAGAUGUGUGGAGGUAUCCAGACCUUCGUGGUUGCUUACAAUUCAGACACUCAGAUAACCAUCGGACUUGCCACGAACCCUUCGCGGGACUCUGGCGAACUUUCCGUCAUCGAGUCUGCCGUGCAGACCCACAAGGACCUGGGUAAUUCCCGCUUGCUGCGUCUGGUGUGCGGUGAGACCUGUGGAUGUGUGGAUCCGUUUAGCAUUGCGUGGUUCAAAGUGGAAGGUUCUGGGUGCUCUUCAGCUUGCCUUGAGCUUGGGCAGGCAAGUUUGCAAAACCGCUCAUGUGAAGAUUCGCCUGUGGAUGAUAGCUGGCGAGCCUUUUGGGAUCUGUAUCCUGCAGCUAUGUCGACUUUUUUUGGAAAUGAUGUAGAUGAUACGCAAGUUUUCCAGGAUAUAAACCGGACGCUUACAGCUCUGAAGCAGAUCGGAUGCCCAGCUUUAUCUCAGUUUCCUUCCGACUUUCUAACUGGUGCAGUCUGGUGUGAUGGCAAGCCGGGCCUCUUGCGGCCGCUGACCUCCGUUUGCCCUCAGGCUUGUGGAUGCGAGAACCCUUCACCACAGCCCUCAGCCUAUUGUCCCCAGAGCUGCAGUGCUGGGAAUCGGCAGCCUCCACCAUGA